AGAGGGGAGAGAGAAUAUGCCAACGAGAAGGGGAAGACCAGCGAGGAAGAUUCGUGACUAUAAUUCGCAUCUCCCUCCCUUUAUAUUCUGUCUCUCUUCUCCUAACUGAACUUAACCGACGCCUCUCUCUCUCUCUCCCUCUCCCCUUUGUCGAUCGAUCAGCUCCGCAGCUCCGAGUUCUCAGAUAUCAAGCGGUUGGGGACAUAUCUUCCCAGCUCAAGCCACAAAUUGCUGGCAGAAUUACUGGUCUGCCAUUGCUGCUCGAUAGCUUAUGUGUCCCCAGGGCGCUCUUAGUCACAGCAAAGCCCUAGACAAUGUACAUGGGGUACAUGUUGUUCCCCAUUCACCAUUUGCACUCGAAGAGAUAAGACAAAAUGGGGAAUUUCCUCAAUCUUCUUCCUGCAAGAGUUCGGGAAUUGCUGUGAAUCAGCACUUGUUAAUGCAAGUAUGGCAGCAAAGACCAGCAUUUUUGAGGCCGAUCAAGUGCAGUCUUCAUGGUGAUCAGCAUCUUGCUGAAACUGUUGCUAAUGUGCUAACCUCACUGCCUUUUAUUGCCCUGGGAAUCCAAACGCCAAGGAAGAAUCUCAACACUAAGCUAUACGCAAAUGCCUUAAUUGGAGUUGGAAUGGCGUCAUCAUUGUAUCAUUGUUCACGGGGGAAAUUGAGAAGGUUCUUUAGAUGGGCCGACUACACCAUGAUAGCAACUACAGCUGUAUGUCUAUCUAGGGCCAUCAGGAAUGAAAAUCCGAAGCUGUUAAUGGCAGCAUCUGCUGUUUUCCUCCCCAUUCAACCACUGAUGGUCUCAGCAGUUCAUACUGGGAUGAUGGAGGUGGCAUUUGCAAAGAGAGCACUGGAGGAUCCCGACUUAAGAAAAGCCCACACAGUUCACAAGAUGUCGUCUCUACUCGGAGGCGUGCUCUUCAUCGCAGAUGAUGUCUUCCCAAAUACUCCAUUCCUCCACGCUGCUUGGCAUCUUGCAGCAGCUGUGGGUGUGGGCACCUGCAAUAAGCUUCUAGAGUAGUGUAUGUUUACUAGAUUAUUCUUUGCUUAAAUUAUUCAGAAGAGGAGGCCCCGAGCCAUUUCGGUUUGGCUUGCUGCUGUCACUGUUCAACCCUGUAAGGGCUUCCACUGUCAAAUGUAUGUAUUUCCAUUUUUGGGGACAGGGACUAUAAUACCUUGUAAAAGGAUAAAUGUCCUCGCCAUAGUUAUAAAUAGCAGUAGCCAAUUGAAACCAUCGUUGAUAUUGAAUUUGGCUGCGAUGUAUGAAGUUCAGGUUAUGUCAGUUUACUCCAUCUUUAUAAGUAGACAUGCAAAAGGUUAUUUCUGCA